AUGGCCCAGAGCAACAGCUUUGAAGACGAGGACGUCUUAUUCGCAAGCCUCCUGGAUGAAGGGCCCAGCGGGCCCAGCGGGCCCAGUGGGCCCAGUGGGCCCAGUGGGCCUGGUGGGCCCAGUAGCCCGACUGCUCCGAAGCAGCCAGCCAGUACGAGCUUUGGGGGCCAGGGGGGCUUUCUUGACGAUGAGGAAGGCCCGGAAGCGCAGCUACCCUUGGAGAGCAUGGCCCCCAGCGUGCCGCCAGCAGAUCUCGAUUUCUCUGCGGAGGACCUGGCACUCAGGGCAGCUUUGAUAGCUUUCUACAGAGCAAGAAACCCUUCAAACCUCUCAAACAUCAAUGCCGUAGUGAAGCGAUUCCGCAGCGGAUGCGUCACUGAUUUGUGGGCGCAGCUGGGCACAAAGUACGUGGUGCCACCACUGCAGGCAGUAGACCUCUUGGCAAGGACAUUGUAUGCAUCAAGCAUCGAGCAGGAAGGGGACGACAUAUUGGAGACACUAUUGCAGAAGCUGCGUGUGGGUGGACAAGAGCUAGACACUGCACUCAAUGAAGGUCACCUAAACGCGACUCGGGCUCUUUGCUCUCGUGGCAUUCAGGACGACGUGCGUCCACGGUGCUGGAAGGUACUCCUAGGAUAUUUGCCUCUCGGUGGGCAUGACCAAUGGGCGGCGAUUCUUCAACGCAAGCGGCAAGACUUUAAAGAGCGUCUGGCUGAAUACCUGGACCUAAGCGACCGACAGCCUGGCUUGAAGUCAGACGACCCGCGCCAGAGUGAAAUGAUGGACAUGGUCAAGGCUGAAGUCGACUUGACCCUGCACAGAUGUCAAAUGGGAACUGUGAGAGCCGAAUCUCUUGUGUCCAUACUUUUCCUGUUUCAAGCGUCUGAGGGUAUGGAGUAUGUUCAAGGCAUGAGUGACAUGGCCGCAGUGUUGGUUUUUGUCUUAAGCCGAGAUCUCGAUUAUUCAGAUGCUGACGCCUAUUGGUGUUUCACUGCCCUCAUGUCUGAGCUGAAGGUGCGAAUCACCAAGGCUGAGCGCACAGCAGCGUUUGUCCAGGACUUGGUCGGCACAGGAGCCAGUGUGCUAAGCAGGUACGACCCCGAGCUGUCCGGCCAUUUCGGCGCCUUAGAGUUUGAGCCCGGCAUUGUCGUGAUGAGGUGGUUCAUGCUGCUCUUCGCGCGGGAGACGUCGCCGGAGCACGUUGUGGCGUGGUGGGACGCCUUCUUGGCGGACCCAUGCCGCUUCGAGCUCCCGGGAUACGCCUGUGUGGCUUUGCUGCUCGAAUAUCGCAACGACCUGCUCGAGCAAGAGAGCGUGCUGGACUUGGCAGAGAAGCUGCAAACGCUCCCGUCCCAACCCUCUGAAGCCACCAUCGCCUCCCUGAUUCGCAAGGCCUGGGCCAUUUGCCUCUUUGAGAGGCGCAACCGCAAGGGUGCGCCAGCAUUUCCGUCGCCCUCGACGGCAGAGGUUGUCAGGGACAUUGCCGGAUCCUUCCUUUCUGGAAUUUUCACCAACUUUUGA